AAGAUUAACUCGCCAAGAAGCCCUCGUCGUCUCGUCUUGCUCCGCCCCGUCAAGCGUCCGACGCCUGGUCUCCCUCUCCUGCACCCGGACAAGUGGGGCCUCCUCCCUCCGUACUGUUACCCCCGGAGCCACCGGUCCUCCUCCUCCGCCUCCAGAUGCUGCGCCGUCUAUUCUCCCUCCGUCGCCGCCCGAGGUAGUGGUGAGAAAGAGGAGGUCUUCAAGUUUACGGAGGCCGCCAAGAGGGAGAACUUGCUGCCCCUCUACCAAACAAUAUUCUUCGAUCACCUGAUGCCGGUGCUCGCUUACCGCUGUCUCGUUAAGGAGGACGACUGGGCAGCCCCGAGCUUCCUCUUCGAGUCGGUGGAGCAAGGCUCCAGUGGAAGCAAUGUGGGCCGUUACAGUGUGGUGGGAGCGCAGCCGGCCAUAGAGAUUGUGGCCAAGGAAAACAUGGUCACGGUUAUGGACCAUGAGUCAGGGCGGAGAACGGAGGAGUUCGUUGAGGAUCCCAUGCAAAUCCCCAGAAAGAUCAUGGAGGGCUGGAAGCCACAGCUCAUCGACGAGCUUCCAAAUGUGUUUUGUGGUGGAUGGGUGGGAUAUUUUUCAUACGACACCAUGCGAUAUGUAGAAACAAAGAGGCUUCCAUUCUCCAAUGCUCCAGAAGAUGAUAGAAACCUUCCUGACGUUCACUUAGGUCUCUACAAUGAUGUCAUAGUGUUUGAUCAUGUGGAAAAGGUAUCUUUCUUUUCACCUUGAUAACUGCAUGGAAGCUUCACGAGGUAACAUGUUCUAAUUUACUUUGACACUUUUCAAGAUGACUUUGGGUUUUAGGGCAUCAACCAUGCUAGCACAUCACAAGCCCAUCCCUUUUCCCAUGUUAUCUUUUAUCAAAGUGGCAAUUUGAUAUAAAUUUAAAAAAUACCACUAGGAUAAUCAACUCUGAUUCUUUACAAGUAACUAAUGAUGAAGAAGCACAUGCACCAAUAGAUGCAUGCAUAAAUUAGACGUGACUCUAUAUUAGUUGUUAAAUUAUGUGUUAGAUUCUUGCUUCAGUGGUAACAUCCAUUGAUACAUGAAAACAUAUUAUUCUAUUAAAAAAAGCAUAACAGCCAUUUAGUUAAAAAAAAAGGUUAAAGAAGCUUUAGGAGAAAGUUUGGAACAAUUCUUGAAAGGCAUCGCCUAGAUAAGUGGAUAUCAUUGGAAUAUCUUCUUCGCAGUGUUUAUGCUUAUAUAAUUUACAUCAAUAUUAAGUAUACUAUUGCAGAAUUGUGUUUCAAUUUGGUUCAUUUGCUUAUUUUUUGUGACUUAAAGAUGAAGGCAUUUCCCUUAACAACCAUGCACUUAUCCUUCUGUAGAACUUACCAUAUUUAGUGUCCUGAGGGUUGCUCUUUGGUUCCAUGUGCUUGAUAUGCAUGACCAGCCAUGUAGAUUUCCUAACCUGCUAACUCCACUUCUAAGUAAUAUGGAAGGCCCUCAUCUUUGGCAAUAUUUACCUCAACUGGGAACUUAGCUUCACUUCUUGCAGCACUGCUGUCUGGUUGAGAGUCAUCUCUCAAAGCUCAAUGUGUUCUAACUUGAUUUAUAAAGCUAACCUCAUCUAAUCGGAAUAGAUUUUUGAUAAAAUAUAUUCUUUUCAAAAGCUUUUAAGCAUGAAAUUAUCUUAUUCUAUCAUGUGUGGUGCUGAAUUUAAUGAACGAUUGAUCGCUCCAAGUGAAGUGGAAAAGCUCUUAGGUCCAUCUUUUAAUGCAUUGGGCUAUUUUUAGGAGGUUGACGUGGUAGGCAUGCCCUCCACAGCUUAUUCUCAUAACCGUUGGAUGUCCAUUAGGAAGUUGGGAGGGCAAGACUUCAUUUUUAUUUGGAUGUCCAUUAGGAAGUUGGGAGGGCAAGACUUUAUUUUUAUUUGAGUUAGAUCCUUAACAAAGUCUAGCAACGGGCAGGUGGCAACUGAAAGGAAAUAAUAGUUGACAGACCAAGUUUAACGGAUGCAAGAUCCAUGAAUGAAAAAUAUAAUGGGCAAUGCAAGAAGAUAUAAUAAUGCAAAUAACAAUAU